AAAAAAAUAAAAGAAGAACCAAAAGAAACUCUUUGCCAAAAUUGUAACAAACUAAAAGAAAAUUGUAAAAAUGUAUUUAAAAAAUAUAAUAAGGGUCUUUCUCUGGUUGAAAAUAUUGUUAAACUUCAAAAAGAAGUUGAAGAAACAAAUAGUGAAUAUUUUAAAUUAAACAAAAAAUAUAUUGCUCUAAAAGAGAAAUAUGAGCCAGUCGAUGAUUAA